AUGUCAAAGCCAAAUGGGAAAUUACGUAUUUGUACAAAUUUCAAAAUUGGUGUGAAUUCGCAAAUUGAGAUUGACAGUGAAACGAACUUGCAAGUAGAAUUGUCUGACGCAACAAAAGAACUUCUAGUAAUUAAUACGCCAUUUGGUUUGUUCCAGUUUCAACGAUUGCCACUCGGUAUUGGCAGUGCUCCUGGCAUAUUUCAACGUCUUAUGGAGGAAGUAACCGCCGGAAUACCGAACUGUGCAGUUUAUUUAGAUGAUAUAAUCGUAACAAGUCGAAAUAAUAAAGAACAUUUGAAUAAUGUUUUCAAAAUUUUUCAACGUUUGGAAGAAUACGGCUUGACAUGUAAAAGCGAAAAAUAUAGUUUUGCGCAAGAGCAGGUGGAUUAUGUUGGAAACGUAAUCAAUGUGAAUGGAUUAAUGCCCACUGGAAAACGUGUAGAGGCAAUCAAAUUGAUGCCGCGUCCUCGUAAUAUUCAAGAAGUUGAAGCUUUCAUUGGAAAAGUUAAUUAUUAUUGUUUCUAUUCAGUUAGUUUACUGAUAACUUUUUCUUCACGUUUUCUUUAUUACUUCUCAAAACCAUAUGCCGCCUUUUUACGUGUGCUUAAAGGCUACGACACAAUUAAAAAAUGA